UCUCAAUUAGGGGCGCUCAGAGAGAGAGAGAGAGAGAGGAGAGAAGAAACCCCAAAUCUUGUGUCGUCUCGUCGAAUAACAAAACCAAAACCAACAUAAAAAACAAGCAAAACCCCCUUGGCCCCUGCCUCCCUCACUACUUGCGAGUGCGCGUGCGUUUCUUACCCAACAACACAAGCACCAUUUAAUCGGCUUCUUCCUGAGUUCUCUCCACAACGCAAAUCCAAAACUUUCUUCAGAUUCAACAAAUAUUAUACUCUCUCUGGUGAGUUAGUUGAAAGUCCAAGUGAAUUGUUUAUUGGAUGAUAAAAGCUGGGGCGUGAAACAGUCAUGGCAGAGGGCGCGGAAGUUGAGGGGCGGGUGGACCUAGACGAGGAAAAUUACAUGGAAGAGAUGGAUGAUGAAGUGGAAGAGCAAUUAGAUGACGAUGGAACUGAUGGUGGUGGUGAUGAUAACGUGGAAGAUGAUAAUGAAGAAGCACAAGAUUCUGGGACUGGUGCCAGUGGUAAAGACCAAUCACCAGAGGCAGAAAGAAGCCACCUUGAUCCCGAAUCCGCGGAUGAUGAAGAGAAACCUAAUGAUCCAGUUGACGAGGAAGAGAAAGAGAAGCGUGCUCAACUUCUUGCUCUUCCUCCCCAUGGGUCUGAAGUUUUCAUUGGCGGACUUCCUCGAGAUGCCACAGAGGAAGAUCUGAGGGAUAUGUGUGAUAGUGUAGGAGAAAUUCUUGAGGUAAGGUUAAUGAAAGAUAGGGACACUGGUGAAAACAAGGGUUAUGCUUUUGUAGCAUUUAAAACAAAAGAGGUUGCACAACAAGCCAUUGAAGAGGUGAAUGGUAAAGAAUUCAAGGGUAAAACCUUAAGAUGUUCGCUUUCUGAAACCAAACACAGAUUGUUUAUUGGUAAUGUUCCAAAGAACUGGGCAGAGGAUGAUUUUCGAAGAGUUGUUGAGGAGGUUGGUCCUGGAGUUGAAAAUAUUGAGCUAAUAAAGGAUCCUCAAAAUCCAAGCAGAAACCGUGGUUUUGCUUUUGUCCUGUAUUACAAUAAUGCCUGUGCUGAUUAUUCAAGACAGAAAAUGUCAAGUUCCAAUUUUAAGCUGGAUGGAAACACACCAACUGUUACAUGGGCUGACCCAAAAAGCACACCUGAUCAUACAGCUGCAGCGCAGGUGAAGGCUCUUUAUGUGAAAAACAUACCUGAGAAUACGACCACUGAACAACUGAAGGAACUGUUCCAGCGACAUGGGGAAGUGACAAAAGUUGUCAUGCCACCUGGCAAAGGUGGGCAAGGCAAACGGGACUUUGGCUUUGUACAUUACGCUGAAAGGUCAAGUGCUCUGAAGGCUGUCAAAGAUACAGAAAAAUAUGAAAUUGACGGCCAAGCCCUAGAAGUUGUCCUUGCAAAGCCUCAGACGGAGAAGAAAUCUGAUGGACCUUAUCCUUAUGGUACUUUACCUCAUGCAAGCCAUCUCCCACAUCCAGGGUACGGUGGUUUUGCUGGAAAUCCAUAUGGCACCCUAGGAUCCGGCUAUGGGGUAGCUGCUGCGGGUUUUCAGCAGCCAAUGAUAUAUGGUAGAGGACCAAUGCCGCAAGUGCCAAUGGUUCUUCCGGACGGUCGAAUUGGCUAUGUUCUUCAACAGCCAGGGGUACAGAUUCCCCCUCCUCGACCUCGGAGAAUUGAUCGGAGCAAUGGUCCAAGUGGUCAGGGAGGACGAGGAGGAGGCAGUGGCAGUGAUGAAGGCAGUCGUAGCCGGAGAUACAGACCCUAUUAGUGAUAAGCCCCAACUGGAAGAAGAUUUUAUUUAUCUUUUCGGUAACAGAGAAAUGAUGUGGUUGGAUGACAAGUUUCUUAAAACACAACAAAAAAAAAAAAAAAAAAAAAAAAACCCCCCAUUUCCCUUUUUUUUCUCCCCCUCCUGGAAGUGGAGCUGAAAAAGGCCUUUUUUUUCCUUCAAAAAAAAAAAGAUAAGAAAAUGCCAUUAGGAGUAGGAAAAUGAGGUAUCAUUAAGUUAAUGUUGGUGUCUCAAUACUGUUAGAGGUGGUUGACAGUUGUAGGAAUUUAUCUUUUUAUGUAUUAACUUAUCUGAUUGUAAUGCUUUGUGGCAGCAUUUUUUUUUUUUUUUGUUUUGUUUCAUUGACACCCAGCAGAAAGCAUUGAUUCUUGUUGUCUGUGUUAUACAUUUGACGCAUCUUUCAUGCACUUACAAUCAUAGACUAUGGUACACCUCUCAGUUUCGUUUUUUCC